UCUUUCUUUGCUUGAUUUUCAUUUCUGUACCUUUCUGUGACCCCCCCAAAGUCAUUUCAGUUCCUCUAUUCCAUAUCAAUUUAAAAAAAAAAAAAAGGAAGAUAUCCGGUCUUAACUUAAAUGUCAUCUGUGUGUAGGGAAUUUUUUGGACACUUCGAGUAAAUUUGCUACCUCUCCUGUUAUUCUUCAUAAUGGCACCUUAUGUUGUUUUCAGUUGCUAAUUCUUGGAUAAUCUGGUGUACACUAAUAUAUAACUAAUAUAGUACUUUGCAGAAAAUCCCUUUCUGUUUAAAUACCCACGGUAGGUUUCUAUUACUUACAACCAAGAAUACAGAAAUUGUUACUAGGAUGAAAACAGGUAGAAUCUUAUACAGUAGGGGCUGAAGGCAGUAAACAUCUUAAGACUCUGGAAAAGGAGUAUGGAAAUUCAUUGUAUGCAGUAGUGAAACAGUUACUUAAAUUUUUAGCUGUGGUCAAUUAUAAUAAAAUACCUUUUGAAGUCACAACUUUGGGGAAUCUAAUGUCUGUUGCCUUAAAUGAAUAUGAGAGGUAUGAAGAAGUCCAGAAUUAUGAGGUGAGGUGACUUCUUUCAACAGUACUGAACAGAUCAGAGAAGGAGAAUGACAGGUUUAAGUGCCUAGAUUCUUAGCUCAAGGAAUGGAUGUUAUAUGACCUUGCCAAGAUCUGCUAAUUUUUUGCAGCCAUAGGGCUGAGUUAGUCAAGAACCAAAUAGUUACUAAAUUAACAUAUCAGUUGGAUUUCUGGUCCACCAUAUCUCUUACAUGAAAGUCUGGAAACUGAGUAUUAGGAUGGCAAUAUCUAGGAGGUUUUGAAGCACUUGGAAAGCUUAAAGUGCCAAUUGUUGUAUACAUUUCAUGCCAACUAGUGCAAACCUCUUCUCCCCUUUCUGAAAAAGUUGUUCUCUUUUGGCUUGAAGAUGCCAUAAGUCCUUAACCUAUGGGAGAUUCCUUACUAAGACAACUUCCCUCAUUUCUACUCUGAGAAUGGUUUUAAUUGUUUGCUUGGUCAGCUGAUUGAAGCCUAUACUAAAUGGUGGCCCAUAUUUGAUGAAAGAAAGGUGCCAUAAAUUCCUUGGGAAUAAUGGAGAAGUUCAAAGACAUCAGGGGACUGAAAUGAUGGAGUGAAUUUAUUUAAUAUAACCUAGUGGUACUCAAGAUAUACUUUAUUUGCCAAGACCUUGAAAAAUAAAUUUGUGAGAGUAAUGUCAAUACCUUGGAAAGGGGCUUUAGAGGUUCUCUGUAGGUUGGGCACACUGUGAGAUGCUGGAGGUGAAACUAUUUCCUUGAUUGCCGUAGGAAUGGUUGGAUCCUGGGGAAGUAGAGGUGAGCGAGCAGCCCUUUACUGCCACAGACAAAAUGGGCAACAGAGUUAGUGUAGUAUCAGAAUGGCUUACCUGCCUCCUGUAUAAGGUGGGGGGGGGCGGUUUAAAAUAAUUGGCAGUCCACUAAUACCCGGCUUGAUUUGAGCUGAGUCCUGAUGAAUUACAUUAAUAGAUAAUGUACAGCCCUGUCCCUGAUUAUCAGCUGAAUCAAUCUGACAACCCAGUAUCUAUGAAUGAAGAGAGUUUAAACUACCUAUGAGGAAAACCAAACACACACUGUGAAUCUUCCUUCUAGGAUUCUCUGAAUUGUCCUGUUUUUACUUGUCAUCACAGCUGUGCCAUUUUUAUGAUUAGGUGACACCGUCUGUGAGUAGACACUAAUUUCUGGAGAUUCCCAGUGCUACUGUAAACUACCAACCAGAAUAGGGGCUUAUGGAGAGUCAGCUGAUGCAUAGUGUCUUGACCCAAGCAAUACUGCCUCACUGAAGAAAAGCAGAGAUUAGUGCCACAAUCAAAUAUUUGAAAGAUGUGGGCCGUUGAUUCCUACCCCGUCCUCAUUUUUCUUUCCAAUAUGGCUGGCGCUGAAGACAGAUGAGUUCUAGAAGAUGACAGGUGGUUACUUCAAUUACAGCUGCUGCCUCAAAUGUGAUUUUCUUGCUGGAGCCCAUCAACAUGCCCUAACACCUGGUAUGCAAUUAUUUAUCUGAAAAAUGAUUUUUUCUUCUUCUUUUUUAUUCCACUGAGCAGAAGAUACGAGGACUUUAAAAAGGUAUUAUUGCAACUCCAAAAUUUGACCCAAGAUUCCAUCAGCAUGUGGUUUCACUAUAUUGAUUACAUUGUACUGAUAGGAACUAGAAAGCAUGUAUCUUAAAUGUGGUGAUAUGACAUGUUCAUGUCAUUCACUCAUUCAUUUAUUCAGAAGUGGCUCUUGAGUGCUUAUUUUGUGUCAUUCACCUUUCUAGGUGCUAAAAAUAUAGCAGUGAAAAAAAGAACCAGUUCCUCAUGAGUUAACAUCAUAGAGGGGAGAGACUGAUAUUAAACACAUAAGCAUGUAGAUACAGGAGGCAUAAUCCAGACUUGAUUACAAGGAUGGCCUAUGGAGACAGAGGGGUGGUCUUGGAAUCCUGGCUCCACCAGUGAUUGGCUUUGUGCCCUUAGGAGAAAGCUGUUUGUGAACUAGGAAGCCAGCUCUCACCAGAUACUGAAUCUAAUGGCACCCUGAUCUUGGACUUCCCAGUCUCCAGAACUAACAGAGGGUUAUAUCCACACUGGGAGAUGACAGCAUUCCCCACCAGAAAUACAACUUGUAAAAGGGCUUGGAGGUUUUCCAGGAAAAUGGCCAGUGACAUUUGAGACUCACAGUUGAACAACCAGAAUGCCAAGAUCAAUACUCCAGAACAAGGAAAGGUUUAUUUUAAAGGAGUUUCUUUGGAAUGCAGAAUAUGUAGCCUUUAUUACAGGCCAAAAGGUGUGUUUCGCUGACCUCAAGCAUCCCUGCUACAAAAUGGCCUACUUCCAUGAACUGUCCAGCCGAGUGAGCUUCCAGGAGGCACGCCUGGCUUGUGAGAGCGAGGGGGGAGCCCUUCUCAGCCUGGAGAAUGAAGCAGAACAGAAGCUAAUAGAAAGUAUGUUGCAAAACCUGACAAAACCAGGAACGGGGAUUUCUGAUGGUGAUUUCUGGAUAGGGCUUUGGCGAAACGGAGAGGGGCAAACAUCUGGUGCUUGCCCAGAUCUCUACCAGUGGUCUGAUGGAAGCGGUUCCCAGUACCGAAACUGGUAUACCGAUGAACCUUCCUGCGGAAGUGAAAAGUGUGUUGUGAUGUACCAUCAACCAACAGCCAACCCAGGCCUUGGGGGUCCCUACCUUUACCAGUGGAACGAUGACAGGUGCAACAUGAAGCACAAUUACAUCUGCAAGUACGAACCAGAGAUUAACCCAACUUCUCCUGUAGAAAAGACUUAUUUUACAAAUCAACCAGGAGACACCCAUCAAAAUGUGGUUGUUACUGAAGCAGGCAUAAUUCCCAAUCUAAUUUAUGUUGUUAUACCAACAAUCCCACUGCUUUUAUUGAUACUGGUUGCUUUUGGAACCUGCUGUUUCCAGAUGCUGCAUAAAAGUAAAGGAAGAACAAAAACUAGCCCAACCCAGUCCACACUGUGGAUUUCAAAAAGCACCAGAAAAGAAAGUGGCAUGGAGGUAUAAUAAUUCACUGCCUUGGCUCCAGAACAGAAAAUAAGAUUUUCUAAUCCUGGAUCUGCAUCAGGAAUGGCAUCAGAACAUUAGCUUGGAAUGGCUUGAAAUCUCAAAGGAUCUGCAAGAUGAACUGUAAGCUCCCCCUUGAGGCAAAUAUUAAAAUAAUUUUUAUAUGUCUAUUAUUUCAUUUACAAAAUACGCUGUGCUAAUAAUGGAGUGAGACAUGCUUAUUUCGCUAAAGGAUGCACCCAAACUUCAAGUAAAUGGAAUGGACCAUGCUGAUAAAAUUGCUGUCAACACAUCAGAGAAGUGUAUGUGUUGGAAGCAGUUAUUUUUGUUUCUGUCACUUUUCAUAAGUUAUAAUCUAGUUAAUGUAAUGUAAAUUGUACUAAAAUUUACAGUGUGCAAAAGUAUUUUACCUUUACAUAAGUGUUUGAUAAAAAUGGGCUGUUCUAGUAUUUAUUUCUAUGGUGUUUCAUUUUUCAAUACAUGUUGUUUUGAUUAAAGAAAUGUAUCACUGUUUUCAACUGAAUCCACACACAUGUUGGUCUAUUACCAUAGAAGAAGUUUCUUUUAUAGAAAUGGUUCAUCUUCUUUCAGUUUCUCUGCUCUGGGGUCAGACAAUGUUUAGGAAAUCUCUUCAGAAAUAAGAAGCUUUUUCAUUAACCGUGGUGUAAAUUUACUCCAAUAUUUUACUUAGAGGCAAGAAUUGUCUAAUUUCAAUUGUGCAAGACAUGUGCCUUACAGUUAUUUUUAGUUUAAAAUUCAACAGAUUUUGUAAUAAUAACUUUGUUAAUAGCUGUAUCAACAAUAUUACACUCAGUCUAGAACAAAACAAAAGCGGCAUACACAAUAUAAAUCAUAUGUCUUCACAUGUUGCCUAUAUAACCACAAGUAGCUCUCUGAGGAUUCUGGAAUCAAUUUAGUCCCUCCCUUGCCCACAAAACAAAGAUGGUUGUUUGGGGGCGGGGAUUAACACCGGAAGCAGAUGGCUGCAGAGGAGGCCUAAGGUUCUCCCCUAGCUCUGUUCAGCCACUAUCAGCAGGUAAAGUGGUCUCAUGGUUGGGACCAGGUGCAUGGUCACCAUCAGUGUGGAGGUAGGCACAGCAUAAGGAUAUUUCACCAAGGAGAGAAACCGUGUAUUACUGUGAACAUGGGUUGGAGGGCAUCAGUGAUCAUGUGUUCGUGUUGAGGAUUUGCCUGAGAGAGUGAACUGCGGCUCCUCUUGUCUUAUCUUCUCUAGUUUCUUCAACGCUUGUGGCUCCUUCUCAAGAGACUUGUAACUAUCUGGUCUUCAAAUGUCCCUGUGUUCCUUUUAACUAAAUAAAAAGUUCUUGUUUCUGAAGAAUGA